GUGGAAACUCGAAUUCUUCGCAAAGGGGUUAGAAGACACCCCCUGAUUGUCGUUUUGGUCUCGUUUUUAGCUGUGGUUUCUGUGGAUGGGCGGCCAGUGAGACUCCAGCUCUGUGACACCGCAGGACAGGACGAGUUCGACCGACUCCGGCCUCUGUGCUACACCAACGCCGACGUCUUCCUGCUGUGCUUCAGCGUCGUCAGCCCCUCCUCGUUCCAGAACGUCGGCGAGAAGUGGGUGCCGGAGAUCCGGUGCCACUGUCCCAGGGCCCCGAUCAUCCUGGUCGGGACCCAGUCGGAUCUCCGGGAAGACGUCAAGGUGCUCAUCGAGCUGGACAAGGGCAAGGAGAAGCCAGUGCCCGAAGAGGCGGCCCAGCUGUGCGCCCAGGAGGUCAAAGCCGCCUGCUACAUCGAGUGCUCGGCCCUGACGCAGAAGAACCUCAAGGAGGUCUUCGACGCGGCCAUCGUCACUGCCAUGCAGGCCUCGGACGCCCGGCAGCAGCCCCAGGACGCUAAGCGCAGGACUCCGGACACGAUGGAAGCCCUUCCCACGCCCUGGUGGCAGAAGUACUGCUGCUUCGUGUGACGCGCGAGGCCGGCGGGCGAGAAGCCGCGCUGGCCGGAGAGGCCGCCCCGCCUGGCGCCGAGUCCCGGGGCGGGUCCCCGCGCGGGUCUGCGUUUCCUGCUGUGCGUCCGCGUGCGGGGCUGAGACGCUCGGGUGACACGCUUUUGAAGUAAGUCGAGCAUUUUUCAUAACCUUGGAAACUUGGAGCUCUGGACCGCUGGAUGGAUCUGCAUCGAACGGGAAAGAGACGCCUCGCGCCUGGGUGUCGGGAGCGACGCUCUGCCAUGUUCCGUGUGCGGGAGGAGCUGGCCUGGUGGCUUCGGGCGCACAGGCCGGCCCUGGGGAGGACACACUUAGCUGUGCAACUCAUGCUUUUUAUUCUUCUUUUAAGGAGCAAAAAUCAGGAAGAAGGAGAGACCUCUGCUUAUAAAACCUCAAACUGGUCACCUCCGUCACGUCCUAAUACCUGGUCGCACAGUGUUUAGAAACAACCCACGAAUCCCCCCACUAACCCCGGGCGCUGUGCAGACCCAGCGGGCUUCGCGUUCUGGGGCCGUCACGUCGGCACCGUGCGAAGGUGCCGCGCGGGUCACGCGUGUGCCGGGCGGUGCUCCCGUUGUCCCCACGCAGCGGCUCGUGCUCCGACCAGGGGACGUCGGCCAUCAGGGCCCAUGGCCCGCGGGCGGAGCACUAGGCGGCCCGUGCGAGCGGCUCUCGAACUCCCGCGGACGGUGUCCCCUCUGCAGGGACACAAGCAGUGUUAAGUCAGCCCAAACAUGCUUCUCGUACACACGCGCGCACACGCUCACACACACACACUGCACACCCACGCACACCCAGACACGUGCACACACCCGCACAUGCACACUCACACCCACAGACACACACACACCCACGCACAUGCUCACGCACACACAUGCUCGCACACGCACAUACACAUGCAUAGACACGCUCACACACACUCACACUCGUGCACACGCUCGCACACGCACAUUCAGACUUUUGAACCGUGAAUGGGAGAAAACGUGGCCACAAAACCAGGUGUGAGGGACGCUCGGCUCCCUCUUUUCGUCCACACUUUUCCUGAACAGAUUUCUUUUUGAUUAUACCCCAGAUAUGAUUUUAACUGUAUCUUAGCACAUUUUUGAGACCAUCUUACAACAACACGUGAGCGGCUCUUAAAACCGGUGUUACAAUCUGUUAAAACCACCAGUUAACGUCUCUAGGGCCUGAGCAGGCCGCCUGUCACAGGGCCGUGGGCGUCCACUGUGGCCACGAGUCCCGGGCGUGUGCGGGACGCAGCUCCCUUGCUCAGCCACGUCUUUGCUCUUAGGCAGUUAGAAAACCAGGUGUCAGUGAGACAUCCCUGUGUUUCAAGGUGGCGGUUUUUGAGCUUAAUCUUUUGGAGAAUAAAAGAGUCACAUCAGAGAGUGGCCGUUCUCUGUGACGGACGUGCUUCAGAGAUGGCAGGGUCCAGCUUGCAGUGGAUGGAGCAGAUUCACCAAACCACGCGAUGGAAAACCGCAGAGCCGGGAGGGAGACGCUCAUCCCUCUGUGGGUCCCGUGCUGUCUUUUUUUGUUUAAAAAAGGCCAGUUUGUGUUUUCCCAUAGAAAAAGUAAAAGACUAGAUUAUACUUCAGGCUAGGGGCUGCUUUUAUUUCUGUUAGUAAAUAAAAUCAACCAAUUUUGUCUAAAAACUAAAAC